AUGGAUUUCUCAAAGACUACAUUGUAUAAGCGAACACGGUCUUGUUUUGAUAAAUUUUACUUGGAGUAUAAUGAGAAAAAGGGUUAUAAGAGGGUUCGCAAAGAUGAAGGAAAUAGGGAGGAGGACAAGACUGGGAAAUCAAGUGAGCUGGGCUUAAAAAAGGUGAAAAUUGAAACUGAUGGUUUUUUUCGUAAGACGGAGACAAAUUUGGGGAAAGUUUCGAACAAGGAUGAUGAUGAUGAUGUGAAGUUGAUCAGUAAGAAGUGUGAGAGGAAACAAAUUCAGUCUGAUGUGGAACGGGUUUUUGUAAGUGCUAAAGGCAAAAAAAAGUUCGUUAAGGAUUCUGGUGCCGCGGCGAAUAGGGAUUGUUCAAGUGGGAAAAAGGGGUUGAGGGAAACUUUGAAAGGUGUUGGUAAGUGUUUGAGGACAAAUGAUGCUCAUUUGACAAAGAGUUGUGGGAGGGACGGCAAGAAAGAUGCUGAUGUAGGUUUCAGUGGCUGUGAGAUUGAUGUCGAAAGUGUAUUGUACUUGGGCGAUAAUGUAUCAUGUUUGGAUAAUUAUGAUCUGUCGCAUUGUUCUCGUGUGGAAAGCAAUGAGGUGAAGGUGAGUCCAGUUGUGGAGCUGGACUCGAUUUGGGUAGAUGAGGAUGGUGACGGUUCACAGACGUUUAAGUUGUCUGAUGACGAAAAAGAGGAUAAUUCUCAUCAGAAGACGGAGUCACAUGAAGAGAAUAAUAGCGUUGGAAAGGACAUGGAGCCAACUGAGGAUGAUGAUGAUGUCACAAUUGCUAGCUUGAGCUCUUCGAGUGAUAAUGAUGAAGAUGGGAGCGCCACGGAUGAUGAAGAUAGCGAUUAUGAUAAUAAUGAAGGGACGAAGAACAAGAAUGGUACUAUUGUUUUUGAGCCCGGGGUUCGUAAAAAGAAGCAUGAUGGUGGGAUUGAUAUUUUAGGGAAAGCUAAGGAGGAGGGUGCUUUAAAGAGAAGGAGGACUGACGACACUGAUGCUUUUGUGCCAUCAGUUGAUGAAAUGGGCAACCAAAAGGCUGCAGGGACGACGGCCACUAUUAGAAAGUAUGAUCAUCGGUUUGGAAAUGAAUUUGAUGUGUCUAAGAUUCUCACAGAUACUUUAAGAGAGGAUGGGGAUGGUGGAGAUAAGCUGCUCAGAAGUUAUAUGAUUUCUAAAGAGGAACCAGCUCUAGACUGCAGUAGUCCUCUAAAAGAAACCCCUGUUAAGAAAUUUGUUCGGUCACAUACGUUUAGAAUUAAACUCGACGAGGAAGAUAUAAUAAAGCCAGAAAGUGAGGUUGCAGUGGAUAAGCUUUUCGAGGAAAUGAACGUGAACUUACAGUAUUUAGAAAUGGGAUGCUCUAGCACUACUGCGGUUAAUUGUGCUGAUGACGACAAAGGAGUGGAUAAAACAAGGACCUCUUGUCGCGAAGGAAAACAUCGACUAACUCUUAAUGAAGAGUUUGGGAUUAUCUGUAGAUGUUGCUCUUAUGUUGAGAUGGAAAUAAGAGAUAUUUUACCUCCUCUGAGUAAAAAUGGGACGGGCGGGUUUGGCAGGCAUAGAUAUGAUGAUAGAACAGAGGACGGCAUGAAGUUUUCUGACCUUCCAGCCGCUAACUGCAGUGAUGCCAGAGGGACUAAGUAUGGCGAUAAAGGGACAGUUUGGGACUUGGUUCCCGGGGUUAAAGAAUCCAUGUAUCCACAUCAACGCGAGGGUUUUGAGUUCAUUUGGAAAAAAAUAGCUGGUGGUACCUACAUUGAUAAGUUGGAAAAACGUCUUCCUGUUGGUGGAAGUGGAUGCAUAAUCAACCAUGCCCCUGGAACUGGAAAAAGCCGGCUCACAAUCGUUUUUCUCCAGGCGUUUUUGAAAAUGUAUCCGGAUGCGAGGCCAGUGAUUGUCGCUCCUCGUUCUAUGCUGCUCACUUGGGAAGAAGAAUUUAAAAAAUGGAAUGUUGAUUUUCCGUUUUAUAACUUGAACAGUAACGAAUGUUCUGGACAGGAAGAUGCAGUGGCGUUAAAUGUUGUAAAACGAUUUGGGAAUGUAAGAAGUAUACAUUGUAACCGUUUGUUGAAGUUAUAUUCCUGGAAUAGAAAAUCAAGCGUUUUGGGGAUCACGUAUAGAUUGUUUGAAAUCCUAGCUGGUGAUGAAGAUGGCCGGAAGAGAAAAAAAGUGCCGUCGAGCAGUGAGAUGAAGGAAAUUCUGCUUCAAGUUCCUAGUCUUUUAGUACUUGAUGAAGGGCACACUCCCCGGAAUGAUGAAAGUCUUAUGUGGAAGGCGUUGCUAAACGGAAACACAAAUAGGAGAAUCAUUCUGUCUGGAACUCCCUUCCAGAACAAUUUCGAUGAGUUGUAUAAUACCCUCUGCUUGGUAAAUCCCUUACUACUGUCGUUCUUUGGGUUGUCGUCGACUUUAAGAAGGAAUCACAGGUCUGGCAAAAAGAAGGCAAGAGGGCAAUGGGAUUAUUCUAUCACAAGUAAUUCUUUCAAAAGGAGUCAACCGAAAAUCCAUGAAAUUAAAGCCAUGGUUGACCCUUUUGUCCAUGUGCAUAAGGGAACAAUUCUUCAAGAAACGCUUCCCGGUUUAAGGGAUGCUCUGGUUGUUUUAAAGCCCACUGAAAUGCAGCAAAUACUUCUUGGAAAGAUGUUUGUGGGAAAAUCGAAUCUAGAUAUGGACCAUGUUAGAUCAUUAGUAUCCAUUCAUCCUUCACUGCUCCCCACAAACUCUGUUGCUAACAAGGGUCGUUUAUUUAAAAUGCUUAAAGCGUCAAAAAACAACCCUAAUGCUGGAGUUAAGACUAAUUUCUUGAUGGAACUUAUUAAGCUCAGUGAAGCACUAAAUGAGAAGGUUUUAGUCUUUUGUCAGUUCAUCAAGCCAUUGAAAUUUUUAAAGAAACUUUUCAAAACUAACUUCAGCUGGGUUGAAGGAAGGGAUUUCUUGUACAUGGAUGGACAACAAGAAGAGAAGCGUAGACAAAACUCAAUUAGUACACUUAACGAUCCUAAAAGUGAAGUUAAGUUACUUCUUGCAUCUAUUAAGGCAUGUUCCGAAGGGAUUAAUUUGGUAGGCGCAUCAAGAGUUGUGUUGCUCGAUGUUCAAUGGAAUCCGUCUGUGGAGAGACAAGCUAUAAGCCGGGCAUACAGACUAGGUCAAAAGAAAGUUGUUUAUAUUUACCAUCUUGUAACAGGAUCAAUGGAGGGUGAUAAAUAUAUUAGGCAGGUUAAGAAGAGUCAUUUGUCAGAAUUGGUCUUUUCCUCCAAGAACAAAGAAGACGGUUCGGGUCAGCCUAAAAUAUCACAUCAUCUACAGUUUAUGAAGAUCGGAUUUUAG